UGUCCAUGGCACCGUCAGCUCUGCCCAGUGGUGGACGAGAACAGAGGAUCAACAUGUGGUGAUCUUCACUAAUGUCUCCCAGCUCGGUUCUGGACAGUGGCUGGUGAUGGAGUAAACAGCUUCAUGAGACCAUUGCUCUUCUGGUGAGAAGCUAAGGGAUUACCCAAGACCUUGUGCAGCACCAGACUGGACUUAGUGGUGUUGUUCAGGGAGUCCUCUGUAUUUCUUUUAAUUUCUUUCUUUGAUUUUUACUUUUUCUGCUCUGCUUGAAAUGGAGAUACAGUGGCGUUUAUGGAAUAAGGACUCCUUCAUCAGGCCAUGGAUACCUUUACUGCUUGGGCUUCACCUCCAGCUCUCCAGGGCCUCCGACUGUCCUGAAGAGUGCCGCUGCGAUCGCACCUUUGUUUAUUGCAAUGAGCGGAGCCUGACUUCAGUGCCUCUGGGAAUUUGUGAGGGUUAUAAGACCCUCUACCUCCACAACAACCAAAUCAAUAAUGCUGGCUUUCCCUUGGAGCUCCACCAUGUGUCUUCUGUGGAGACGGUGUACCUCUACGGGAACCAACUGGACGAGUUUCCAAUCAACCUGCCCAAAAAUGUUAAGGUCCUCCAUCUACAAGAGAACAACAUUCAGACCAUCUCCAGAGUGGCUCUGGCUCAGCUUCUGUGGCUGGAGGAGCUGCAUUUGGAUGAUAAUUCCAUCUCUACUGUCGGGGUGGAGGAGGGGGCCUUCCGUGAGGCGGUGAGCUUGAAGAUGCUUUUCCUCACCAAAAACCACCUCAGCAGCGUCCCUAUUGGUCUCCCAGAUGAUCUAAAAGAACUGCGCUUGGAUGAGAAUCGGAUUGCGGUUAUUGCAGAAGAAGCGUUCAAAAACGUCACCCGUCUGGAGCGCCUCCUGUUGGAUGGAAACCUGUUAACAGAUGAAGGGAUCUCACCAGGGACCUUCCAGGACCUGGUCACACUAAGGGAGCUGUCCCUGGCCCGCAACUCACUCACCUACCCUCCCCCCUUCCUCCCUGGAGAGGUGCUUGUUAAAUUAAACUUUCAGGAAAAUCAGAUGCACCAGAUCCCUGUCAGAGCCUUUGCAGGGUUGCACAAGCUGGAGCGGCUGGAUAUUUCCAACAACCAGCUGCAGUCGUUGACACGAGGGGUCUUUGACGGCCUCGCGAGUCUCAGACAGCUCACUGUUCGGAACAACCUUUGGCUUUGUGACUGCAGCAUCAGAUGGGUGGUUUCAUGGCUCAAGUCUCUGCCUGCCUCGCUCAAUGUGCGAGGCUUCAUGUGCCACAAACCCGAGAAGUUCCGGGGCAUGGUGAUCCGGGAACUGAGUGCUGAGCUGGUCCAGUGCCCACCGAGCACAGCCACGGCCCUGGAGCUUCCCUCACCAGCUGACAGCGCUCUCACCCCACUCCUGUCCUCUUCCACGGAUUCCCCGUCAGUCACUCAGUAUGUCCCGCCCCCGUCUCGCCAACCUUUGCCCACGCUACCCACCCUCUACCCCAUCUAUACCACACGAGGAAGAGGAACAAGGACUAAGCAGCCUCUGGACCCCCGAAAGGAGACUCUGCAGGUCUCAUUUGCCAUUCUAAAUGGUUCAGCCAUCCAUGUGAGCUGGGUGGCUGCGUUUCCAGUCACUGCCUACAAGGUGACCUGGGCCAGAAUGGGCCCCAGUCUGACGGGGGACACGGUACGGGAGAGGAUGGUGGGUGGGGAUCACCGGGGUACACGGCUGGCUAACCUCCAGCCAAAGUCCACCUAUCGUAUCUGUGUCAUUCCUUUGGAUGCUUUCAAUAACUACAGACCCAAAGAUGACACUGUGUGCACUGAGGCCGUGACCACGCCCGCCUCCUUCAGCCCUGACAACAACAACAAAAGACAGUCCGGGCCCGAGCAGGCCACCCAGCCAGAACCCGGUUCACCUUUGCUGCUGGCGGGGCUGAUUGGUGGGGCUGUGGUCGUGGUGCUGGUCGUACUGGUCGGUAUCUUCUGCUGGCAAAUGCACAAGAAAAGCCGCUCAAAGUUCUCCGCCAAGUGGAAAUACAACCGGGGACGCAGAAAAGACGACUACUGUGAGGCCGGCACCAAGAAAGAUAAUUCCAUCCUGGAAAUGACUGAAACCAGCUUCCAGAUAGUUUCGCUCAAUAAUGAGCAGCUCCUCAAGGGAGAUUUUCACAUUCAGCCUAUUUACACCCCUAAUGGGGGCAUUGGCUUCCGAGACUGCCCCCUGGGGAGCAACAGCACAGUCUGCUGCAAGAACAAUGUUCAAGACGCAGACUUUUGUCACACGUGACGGUUUGAACGCAUCAGAAGCCUUUUUACUGACAGACAGCCGCUCUGUACUGAACCGUGUACAGUGUUCAUACUGUCUGGACCCUGUGUCUUCAGGAAAUGUACUUUAUACAACUGGCUGGAUGAUAUCUUUUAUACAACAACACUGGAUUUAAAAGUCAUUAGUUUCUGGAGUUUUGCUGUUUCAGUUCUGUGAACAUGUACGAUCAGGAUCAGUAUGAAGGCUGCGUUCUGUUUAGUUCUUCAGUAAAACUGAAAGAUUUCCUCGUAUACUGUGACCAUAACAGAUCCUGUAGAUGCAGCAUGAAGUAGGAAUGAUGAGAACAGGGAGAGGGAAAAGUGACACACGAUCAGCCACGCUCACCACUAGAGGGCACACUUUCCUGGACGCCAUGCAGUCAGCUAGACUCUGACUGUUAUCAGCGGCUCUCCCACUGAUGAGGAACAUUUGUUUAAUUACAGCUGCACUCAACAGAGAUGCAUUUUGGUUCAACACAUAGAACACGUUUUUAUGUGUUGGCAUUACCAGGACGUUUAAAGGCCACACAGGCAGCAGCAGGCCACAGAGCUCUCACCUGUUUGGUUUUCAAGAUGAACAUGUGAUCACAGCUGAGGUGUCAUGUUGUUAGCACUAGCUGUGUUUGGUGGUCGGUAUCACAGAGCUGAGCAGCAAAAAGCACAUCUGCCAUCUUUAACCCAUUAGGAACCAGCUCCUUCUCUUCAUUCAGCAAGAACAACAUCAUGGUUACACAGUUUGUAUGUGCCUUGAAACUGUCAGCUUACGUCUUUUAAAUCCAUGUUUUUGCACAAAGCAUAUCCUGUAUAUACAUUUAAUUGAAUUGUUGCUGAGGAAACAUCUUGAUUAUUUAUUUACCUCCUUACACAUUUAAUUAAACAUGUCUCCA